UCUCCAGGAAUUCCUCAGGACGGGGUUGGCACCCGAGCAGACAGUCCCCGGCUGCAGCAAAGGCAGCCCCUGAGCAGCCCUUUCGGACAUCCUUGCUGGAGACCUGCCAGCCCUACUUGGCAUUGUUGCCCUGCUGCCAAAGGUGGUGCUGUAUGGAGUGGUCCAUGUUGAGCGUGGAGAAGGUCCUGGGUUCAAGUCCCUCCAUGAUCGCUAAAAGCAGCAGUUCAUCUCCUGGUUGAACAUAGAAGCCAAACUCCGAACUGAAGAUGCCUGCUCGAGUCUGCUGCUGCUGUGCUGCCUUGCGGCCUCGUUACAAGCGCCUGGUGGAUAACAUAUUCCCCGAAGAUCCCAAAGACGGCCUCGUCAAAGCAGAUAUGGAGAAGCUGACCUUCUAUGCCGUCUCUGCCCCUGAGAAGCUGGAUCGAAUUGGGGCUUAUUUAGCCGAGAAGCUGAGCAGGGACGUCAUCAGGCACCGCUAUGGGUAUGUCUUCAUUGCCAUGGAAGCCUUGGACCAGCUCCUGAUGGCGUGCCAUUCUCAGAGCAUCAAGCCAUUUGUAGAGAGCUUCCUCCACAUGGUAGCUAAGCUGCUAGAGUCUGGAGAGCCCAGACUGCAAGUGCUGGGGACCAAUUCGUUUGUCAAGUUUGCAAACAUUGAGGAAGAUACGCCUUCCUACCACCGCCGCUACGACUUCUUUGUCUCUCGCUUCAGUGCCAUGUGCCAUUCCUGCCACGACGACCUGGAGAUACAGAACGAGAUCCGGAUUGCUGGAAUCCGGGGCAUCCAGGGGGUGGUUCGCAAAACCGUAAACGACGAGCUCAGAGCAACCAUAUGGGAGCCUCAGCACAUGGACAAGAUUGUUCCAUCGCUGCUGUAUAACAUGCAGAAGACUGAAGAUGCUGACAGCCGGAUCGACCCGCCCUCCUCGCCAACAGGGGGCGAUAAAGAGGAGAACCCUGCUUUGCUGGCGGAGAACUGCUUCAGAGAACUGCUGGCGCGGGCGACCUACGGGAACAUGAACAAUGCUGUCAAGCCAGUUUUUGCACAUUUAGAUCAUCACAAACUGUGGGACCCCAAUGAAUUUGCUGUCCAUUGCUUUAAAAUAAUUAUGUACUCCAUACAGGCACAGUAUUCCCAUCAUGUGAUCCAGGAAAUCCUGAGGCACCUGGAUUAUCGCAAGCGAGAUGCUCCCCGUGUCCGAGCCGGCAUCAUUCAGGUCCUUUUGGAGACGAUCGCCAUUGCUGCUAAAGGAUCUAUCGGCCCCACCGUCCUGGAGGUCUUCAACACUCUGCUGAAACACCUGAGCUUGAGCGUGGAUUUUGAACUGGGCGCUCAGUCCGGCUCCAGUGGCAGCGUCGACAUUCGCUCGAAGGAGUGUGAGGAGAAGAUUGUCCAGAAUGCCAUCAUUCAAACCAUUGGAUUCUUCGGAAGCAACCUCCCAGAUUACCAGCGGUCUGAGAUCAUGAUGUUCAUUAUGGGGAAGGUCCCUGUGUUUGGGAUGACAGCUCCCAGCCCAGAAAACAGCCAACUUGGGGAUUUGGGGACCAGGAGGAUCCAGAUAAUGCUGCUGCGCUCUUUGCUUAUGGUCACCUCUGGCUACAAUGCCAAGAGCAUCUCAACGGUCCUCUCGGGCCCUUUCCUCGAUCCCCUGUUGUCUUCAUCGCUUAUGGAAGACUGUGAGCUUCGGCAGCUGGUCCUGGAAGUGCUGCACAACCUUAUCGAUCGGCAUGACAACCGUGCAAAGCUUAGAGGAAUAAGAAUAAUACCAGACGUGUCAGAUCUGAAGAUAAAGCGAGAUAAGAUUUCGCGGCAAGACGUGAGCUUCAUGAAGAAGCACGGCCAGCAACUGUACAGGCACAUCUACUUGGGCUGCAAAGAAGACAACGUGCACCAGAACUUUGAGCUGCUCUACACGACUCUUGCGCUGAUAACCAUCGAGCUGGCCAACGAGGAGGUGGUCACAGACCUCAUCCGCACAGCCAUUCUGCCCACUUGCAGGAUCUGGCCAUCCUGAAUGAGGACAACUUGCCGAUGUUCAACCGGUGCAGCGUCAUGGCGCUGGUCGCCGCGUACCUCAACUUCCUGAGUCAGAUGAUCGCUGUGCCGGCCUUCUGCCAGCAUGUCAGCAAGGUCAUUGAAACUAGAACCGUGGAAAGUCCGUACUUCUUGCCAGAAACUGUAUUCCGAGACAAGUGCAGCCUCCCCAAAGGCACGGCAAAAGGAUGACAAGAGCCUGUACAUUUCUUCCCUGAUGGGCAAGAUUUGCAGAAUCGUUAGAUUGCUUGGCCAGCUACAGCUGCCGGGCGGUUGUGUCUGUGC